AUGACAUCCCUGCAAGUGAGCGACAUCAGGAAAAUCGCGGAACUGUUGAAGAAAGGAGAAGAUUCAUCGUCCGACAGCGAAGAUGAUGUUCCCCGCGGCAGACACAAGUCGCUGUGCACUAUGGGUCCGGGCGACGUGGGGGCGGCGAGGCCCGCGGAGGCCGACCCGCUGGCCAUCUGGCGGCAAGGCGAGGCGGACGAGCUCCCCGCCACCGCCGACGACCCGCGGCCUCAGCCGCGCCACGAGCUGCUGUACCGCCAGAGAGUCGGCGCCGAGGACGUGUUCCUGCAGCUGGGCGCCAAGACGCCGGCCAGCGCCAGCUGCGAGGCGCUCGUCGUCCGCGUCGAGCUGCCGGGCGAGCGCCGCGACGCCGUGCAGCUGCAGGCCAGUGGCUUCCUCCCCCCCGCGCCGUUCCUCGCAGGCACGUUAGUGACGCGGGAGCAACUGACGGUGCGGUCUCCCCGCCACUUCCUGCACCUGCCGCUGCCGCACCCGGUGAAGCCCGACGGCGCGCGGGCCAGCUGGGACCCGCACACCAGCACCCUGACCGUCGCCGUCGACAUGGACCGCGAGCUCGACUUCCUCAACAUGUAG